AUGCAUACUUCUGCGGCAGUUUUUUGGGUAUCUAUUUACCAACAGAACUAUACAGGUCGGAUCUUCCAACAGCGCCGGAAGGUGCUUCACGAUGGCGAUGGGAACGCAAUCGAGUAUGAUGAGUCGGACGAUGAGCUGUCCAAGCUUAGACAAAGACACAUCACCAAAAUGGAGAUCGCUUUCCGAAUGCGACUGGCAGAGGAUUUGGAAUGGGCUCUGCUUGUUCGCCAGCGCCUGGUCUUCCUGGAGGAUACCGAUGAAGGCAAAGAAGGCGCCCAUAGGACAAACGAGGAAUUCCCCGUUGAACCUGCUACAAGCGUUGCCAAAUACUACUCAUGUCCUUCAUAUGUCCUUCUUGACCCAGAGUGUGUUUUCGACUACUCCAACUUCACCAGCCUGGCCGCCGACGAGCCUAUUUACCACCGGCCGGGGCCGGAUGGCCGGACUCGCCAUUUCCAAGGCAGACUGCAGCUCCGUAUAGAGACCGGCGAUGCUGGCUGGAUUCACGCAGAGGUUAUCGAGGCCGAAUUUCAAGAGUAUCUCCGGAAUCAGGUUUACCGUCAGGAGGAUAUUAUUAGGGAGGGUCACUGCGAAGGUCACCCUGGGGAGUUUCGCAAGGGCGGACCGUUUAGCCGUGGGUGUUCUCAAUCACCCCACCACGUAAACAACCAGACACUCUGGCAAGUGUGGAAAGAUUUUGAACUACACGAAACGCCAAAGGGAUGCAAGAGCCCUCGACGAUGUGUUGUCCUGGAUUGCGAAAUGGGGGUCGCCAACACUGGUGACCCCGAGCUCAUCCGCAUCGCCGCUGUGGAUUAUUUUAGCGGCGAAACAUUACUGGACUCCCUGGUGUUCCCACAGCUCAAAAUGUGGCACCUGAAUACCAGGUUCUCGGGUGUAACUUGGCCAAUGUUGUAUAAAGCCCGCGAAGCGGGGCGUACUAUUCCAGGUCGCGACGCUGCUCGACGUCGGCUAUGGAGUUUCGUGGGGAAGAACACGGUCGUGAUCGUGCAUGGUGGAUACCACGACUUCCUUGCCCUUCGCUGGAUCCAUCGAAAUGUCAUCGACACUCUUGACUGCGAACACCGCCGUGCGGUGCCAGAACGAUCUCCUGGCCUAAAGAACCUAGCCAAUAUCCACCUGGGCCGGGAGAUCCAGCGGGGCCGGAAAGGCCAUGACAGCGUCGAGGAUGCCCAGACGACUCGAGACCUGGCAAGCUGGUACGUUAAGAAUCUGCCUCCUGAGGCCAAGGUCAAGCCGGAGAGUCGGUAA